AUGACUCCUCUGCAGUACAAAGCUCUUCAGGCUUCUGGACAGAUCCCAGUCAACGUCUACGCCGCCGGUCAGAUUCCAAUGCCAGCAACUGCACCUAAUGCACCUCUUACACUUAAUACGAAUAUACCAUUCGCUGGAAGUGCCGUUUGUCGUCAAGCUCGACGCUUAUACGUGGGCAAUAUUCCAUUCACUGCUACAGAGGAAAAUAUGAUGGAGUUCUUCAAUAAGCAAAUGAAAUCCCAAAACUUGGUGCAAGCUGAGGGGAACCCAAUUAUUGCUGUCCAAAUCAACAUGGAGAAAAACUUCGCCUUUCUGGAAUUCCGUUCAGUUGACGAAACAACUCAGGGGCUUGCUCUUGACGGCAUUCUCUUCCAGAAUCAGGCUUUAAAGCUUCGCAGGCCACGUGAUUACGCACCUCUUCCAGGUGUGAGCGAGACACCGUCAAUUAUAGUUCCCGGUGUUGUGAGUACAGUUGUUCAAGAUUCUCCACACAAAGUGUUUGUGGGCGGAUUACCGAAUUACCUAAACGAAGAUCAAGUUAAAGAGCUUCUUCUGAGUUUCGGACCUCUUAAAGGAUUUAAUUUAGUCAAGGACGGAUCAACUGGUUUGUCUAAAGGAUAUGCAUUCUGCGAAUAUGUUGACCCUAACGUUACUGACCACGCAUGUGCCGGAUUGAACGGAAUGCAACUCGGUGAUAAGAAGUUAAUUGUGCAGCGAGCAAGUGUCGGAGCAAAGAACUCGGGUGGUGCCAUGGCAGCACCUGUAAUACAGAUACCAGGUCUCAAUGAUGCCUUGGUCCCCAACACUACUGGUUCGGGCAAUAUUACCGUUCGCAGUGGUGGGCCACCAACCGAAGUCCUCUGCUUGCUUAACAUGGUCGAACCUGAUGAACUUAACGAUGAUGAAGAGUACGAGGAUAUCGUCGAGGACAUAAGAGUGGAGUGCAGUAAGCAUGGAAUCGUACGAAGUCUUGAGAUACCGAGACCUAUUCCUGGCGUCGAAGUUCCUGGUGUUGGGAAGAUUUACGUCGAAUUUGCAAGUCUGAUUGAUUGCCAAAAGGCUGCCAGUGCUCUCAGUGGUAGAAAAUUCAACAGCCGCCUUGUUGUAACGUCAUUCUAUAGUCCUGACAAGUAUCAUCGCCGCGAAUUUUAA